AUGCCCAAACUAACACUACUGCCCCUGUCGUCGCGACCGCUUGCCGCAGGCUUCGCAGAAGGCAAAAAUGGCGACAUCUUCGGCGUCGCAACACCGCAGCCGCUAUCGGAAGAAUACCUCUACCAAAACGUCCUGCAACCACCCACUGUAAUCGCCACUGGGAAGCCUCACCACACGUAUGCUGAGAUCCCGGACGACACACCCAUUGAUCCGUAUGCCGAAACCUCGCAGCUUGAAAACCCCGUGUAUGCUGCAGACCUGGAGGGACCAAGAGGUACAACAUCAAACCAAGACCCUCAUCCUCAAAGCAACAAACCCAACGAAGUCAACGACUCCUCAUCACAUCAGUCGGGGAUGGAAGAGGGGAAGCCCCCAGAGCCACCUCCACGGUCGGACAAGCCAAGCAACGGCAGCGACUCUGACUACUACCCACCUGGCGCGCAAACGACAGUGUGGAAUUUACCGGUACCAAAAGGCUUGGAAGUGUCGUCAUCCCCACGUCAUGGCGCUGCCUCUGACACACUACAAAAAGUGCAGCCACCACCCGCUACUAUUGCCACUGGAAACCCUCUGCCAAUUCACCACACGUAUGCUGAGAUCCCGGACGACACACCCAUUGAUCCGUAUGCCGAAACCUCGCAGCUGGAAAACCCUGUGUAUGCUGCAGACCUGGAGGGACCAAGAGGUGCAACAUCCAACCAAGACCCUCAUCCCCGAAGCAAUAAGCCCAACAAAGCCUCGAGGAAAGAAGAGAGGAAGACCACAAACCCACCUCCGAAGUCCGACAGGCCAGGCAAAGGCAGAGACUACUACCCACCGGACACGACUAAAGUGGUAGAGAUUCCGGAUCCACUUACACAGAAUCACGCCUACGCCAACUCCAACGUCUUAUCACAACCACGAGGCUUGGGAACGGCGCCAUCGCCACAUCACAAGGCUUCUUCUAACACACAAGGUUUGGGGACGGAGGGAAUAGGGGAGGUCGAGGGUCCCAACAUUUACCUCGACCUUAACGACCCAUCACUCCCUCCUAGCUCGGAGAAAACACCGGAACCUCGGACCCACACCAACGUCAACUCUUCACAACCAAAACGCUCGGAGACGGAAGAAGAAGAGGGCGUCAACAUUUACCUCGACCUCAACGUCCCACCACUCCUUCCUAGCUCGGAAAAGGCACGAGAUUCUCAGACCCACACCAACAUCAAGUCCCCAGUGCCACAAGGCUCGGGUACCGAGGAAGAAGACGACGAGGGUCCCAACAUUUACCUUGACUCGAAAAUUUAG